UUCAUUUUGAAUUUACCGAAAUUUCGUCUGGCGUCAUUCGCGUCUGUGCUGUGGCAUUUUGCUUGGAGUAAACACAUUUCCCGUCCUAAGUUCUUUACAGUUCGGAAAACACUAGACUAACUUAGUAGAAAUAUAGGCGUCAAUGAGAACUACUCCUUGUGCUGUGAGGCAUGAGGCAUGAGGUACCAUCAGGCACGAAAAAUUCUCAUUGUGCAAACACAAAAAAAGGCGUCACACAUCUGUGCAAUUAGGAAAAAUCGUUCGCGCAUCAAUUUCACUCGAUACCCGAAGACAAGAAGGACUUUCAUCAGCCAUGAUUGACCCAACCUCCAUCAAGGGGCAGAUCCUUGAGAUAACCGGCGAGCAUGUGGAGCAGCUCCAUUCAAUGUGGUCCCUCAUGUUCGAGCCGAAGACGUGCGAGGACUUUCUACACAAACUUAAGGCGCACGCGGACAAUUUCUACACGGAUCUGCUGACCGAGUCGCGGGAGAAGCAGGCGGCCAUCCUCGACGACAUUGCCGCACUCCGGGCCGAGGCCAACGACCUCAGCCGACUCCUCCACGAGACGGUGGACAUUGGCCAGCGGCCCGACGAUAUGCCGCUGAUCAUAUGGCAACUGCAGCUGGACAAGAGCAUUGAGCAUCUGCGAGAGGAGCUCCUGAAACGCCGGUCGGAGAUUGGCGAGCUGCUGCUGCAGCAGGAGAAACUCUGUGAGGAGCUGGGCGCCUUGCCGCGACCCCUACUGGCAGACCCGCUGCCCCUGCCCGAAGAGUUGGAAGAUUUUCGCGACCAUCUCGACAAUCUACGCUCGCAGCGCGAUCUGCGCCAGAGGGAGCUGGACCAGCUCCGCCAGGCCAUCAAGCAGGACAUGAAAAUGCUGGAGCUGAUGCCCCAGACCGAGGCCGAGGAGCGCCUGCUGAACGAUCUGAACCACAAUCUAACGCCAGAGACACUCGAGCGUCUGCGACAGUUGCGCGACUCCUAUGCCGAGCAGAUCCAAGAGCUGCGCUCAAAGAUCCAUGACAUGCGCGAGAAGAUCCACGUGCUGUGGGAUCGCCUCCAGGAGACAGACGAGAACGUCAUGCGUCGGGUGCGCGAGACCACCGAGUGCACGCAGCGCACAUACGACAUCCUGCACACGGAGCUGCAGCGCUGCCAGACGUUGCGCAGCCAAAACCUCAUGACAUUCAUCGAGCAGCUGCGCGUGGAGAUCAGCAAGUGGUGGGACCUGACGCUCAAAAGCCAGCAGGAGCGCAAGCGCUUCUCCAACUACUACAGCAAGUACUACAACGAAGACCUGUUGGAGCUGCACGAACUAGAGCUGGACGACCUCAAGAGCUUCUACAAGUGCAACAAGGAGAUCUUCGAUCUUUACGAGAGUCGUGCGGAGCUGUGGUCGCGCAUGCAGGCCCUGGAGGCAAAGGCCAGUGAGCCGAAUCGCUUCAACAAUCGCGGCGGCCAGCUGCUUAAGGAGGAGAAGGAGCGGAAGGCCAUAAGCUCGAAGCUUCCUAAGAUUGAGCAGCAGAUCAUUGAACUGGUGCAGGCCUACGAAGUGCAAUCGCAUGGCCCAUUCUUGGUGUAUGGCGAGAACAUACUGGAGCUGAUGACCGGCGAAUGGGAGCGCUAUCGCCAGGCCAAGCAGCUGGGCUCGGUCCGCAAGAAGGCCCCGACCAGCACAGCACCGGGCAGCAGCCACAAACUGAUGAUGCCGCCGCCGUCUGCCGGUUCAACGGCCCCACGCACUCCCCGCACCCUGAAGAACAUGUCCUCAAUGUCCUCAUCGACAAUGUCGCUGCGCAAGACACCAACAAUCCAAUUGACUGCGCCCAAUAUGACCAAGAGCACUGGCAAUCUGCACAAGCGUCUAAAUCCAACCGCGGCUGCCAGCUCUUCGGGCUAUCGCACGCCUAAUGCCAAGCGCAGCCUGAUGAGCUCGCUGAACUCGAUCCGUCCCUCGCCGGCUGUCGCCCAGCGGCUGGCCAACAGCCAGCUUAAGGUGUCCAAGUCGCCGCUUAAGCGGGUGCGUGUCCUGGACAACACAUUGCGUCGCAGCGGGGGACUGGGCAGACGCAGCAUUGGCACACGCUCGAACAAGAAGCCACGCACCAAGUCAGCGGUGCCGUGCACCACAUCGCCCAGCGAUGCUGAGUACAUGACCGAUGAAACAACCGAAAACGAACACGAUCUCGAAAACGGCAUCUCCUAUGAGGAGUUUGUGCCCACGAGUCGCUCCUCGGUGCUGCCCGUCGGUGGGGUUCAUCGUCAGCGCAAUCGUUUGACUGCGCCACGGAAUCGCCAUCUCCUCGCGAACCACACCCACAAUUCGACGGCCUCGGUGCCCACGACACCGUCCAAGCAGGUGGCCAAUAAGCAGGAGGAGAAGCCGCGCUUUGGCAAUCAUUUGAAUCUGCCGACGCCACGUCAGAGCCGCAUGUGGCAAAAUCCACGAUGAGAUUAUCCACUCAAUUAAUACUCGCAAAUUCCAACUCCCAAUUCAGCUGCUUAGCCCCAAGAGCUGAAUCUUCGAAUUUCUAUUAUUUUUUUGGAUUCUAUGUUUAAUUUAAUUUACCUUUAUCUUUUGACUGUUUUCUGUUUCAUUUGUUGUCGAUGUUGGCCGAAUAAAAAUAAAAAUUAUCCGUAAGAAGGACCAACCGAACCCCACAAGCGACCAUA